UCUCUAUCCCUCUCUCCCCAGCUGGAAGCCCUUCUAACCACUAAAACAAAAUAUGGAUAACAUUUCCUCUGAGGAUACCGUAGUUUACGAGAACUUCACAGAUGACUGGACAUCAGAUGGAGGGGAAACGGUGCAUUUCAUCAUUCAGUGCGUUAUCCCGUCGGUCUACAUACUUAUCAUAACCGUUGGUUUACUGGGCAACAUUACUCUUGUGAAAAUAUUCAUCACUACCAGCGCGAUGCGAAGUGUGCCAAACAUUUUCAUCUCAAGCUUGGCCGUGGGAGAUCUUUUGCUUUUAGUCACUUGUGUACCAGUGGACGCGUUCAGGUAUUUCUACGAGGAGUGGAUUUUUGGAACGGUGGCUUGUAAGAUGAUCCCGGUGAUCCAGCUCACCUCGGUCGGAGUCUCCGUGUUCACUCUCACGGCACUAAGCGCGGACAGACACAAAGCUAUUGUGAAUCCCAUGGACAUCCAGACCUCCAGCGCAGUGUUCUGGACCUGCUUGAAGGCUGUCACUAUAUGGGUUGUCUCAGUGCUGCUGGCUAUCCCUGAGGCGGUCUUCUCGCAGGUGGUUCAUAUGCCAGACAAGAACAUGACAUUCACCGCCUGUGUACCGUAUCCACUCUCCAACGAGAUGCAUCCUAAGAUUCACUCCAUUAUGAUAUUCCUUGUCUACUUCCUCAUCCCGUUGAGCAUUAUCUCUGUUUACUACUACCACAUUGCGAGGACACUUAACAAGAGUGCUCAUGAUAUGCCAGGUGAGAUUAGUGAGCACUCCAAAAGACAGACGGAAACGAGGAAGCGUCUAGCCAAGAUCGUUUUGGUUUUUGUGGGCCUCUUCGCGCUUUGCUGGUUCCCCAACCACGUUCUCUACAUGUACCGCUCAUUCAACUAUCGACAGAUCGACUCUUCACUGUCACACCUCAUCAUCACGCUUGUGGCGCGUGUGUUGAGUUUCUCCAGCUCCUGUGUGAACCCAUUUGCCCUGUACCUACUGAGCGAGAGCUUCCGGAGGCACUUCAACAACCAGCUGCUGUGCAGACAGCACAAAUACCAAGAGCACAACACCAGCUACCUCCAGAGCACCUCUGCUAUCCGCAUGACUUCCAUCAGGAAGAGUACACCUGCUGUUGCCAACGGACAUGGCCACAAAACAGGAGUCUGCAUUUAGCAUUUGUUCUCCAGAUUGAUCAAAACCUCAGCAUAAUGGUUGCUGGUGACUCACAUUUAGGUUUAGUUGAAGUGUUUGGUGACCCAGCUGGGUAUACGAGCGGUUAUUGAAGCAGGGAAGACAGAGGGAUUACUCCUGUAUAUAUUGCAUGCACUUUUUUUUUUCAUCGGUUGCAGUGUUGCUUGAGCCCAAGAAUGAAAUUUGCUUCAUUUUUGAAACAUUAUUCUUAUUGCAAACAGAAGGGAAUGGAUAUCUCGCUGAUAAAUGAAGACUAAUUAUAUUUCUCCUCAACCAAAACACAAUUUCUGCCUGUAUAAAAUAUCA